AUGAAUCUGACACUCGGUCAGUCCAUUAGUGACCAUGCAGAUAAUGAGGUGUCGAAACCAAUUCCAGAAUACUACGGUAGGGCCCAGCAAGAGCCCCGCAGAUCUUCAUGUAAAAAGUGCUAUCCAUAUUUGUACCCAAAAGACAAAUACUAUGUGCUGCCCAAGAGAACUGGAGAGAGAAAACGACAUAAUGUUGUAUUCCUUGUUAAGGACCGCCGAACGGGACGACCUGUCAAAGUGGCCUUUAGAAACGGUCUUAAAAAUAGUAGAAAUGUUCGUGUUUUAAAGGCUUUUAAUAAUAACAAUGACCCAUGCCGUGCAAAAACAGGUAGAUGUGUGUAUCGCCUUUUCAAUCGGAAAACAUUUCGCACCUACAAGGCGGACUUCAGGACGGGAAGGAAGAAUGGUAAAAAAGCUACGGUUUUGAAGCUUAUCCCCUAAAUAAAAUAUAUGUAUAUAAUUUC